AUGGCAUCUAUUGCGGAUACUACGCAGAGGAAAAACGUUACAAGAGGCGUGUCACAUUCUCCCCAGACCAUCCCUGAUCCAGUCCACGAGCAUGCCCCGACCUUCAGCCCACCGCAAUCGGUGACCAGUGCAGUAGAUGCAGAUAUCGCAGAUGCCCCUGAGGUUUCUGAAGAAUACAAUGGUGAUGCGAGCGUCGACGCCUUUUUACGAAGAGUCUCGGGACACUUGGCACAGAUUGGCCAAGGGCUUCCCAGGAAUUUGUUCAAGAGACACGAAGAAGAUGACCAUAUCCACGCUACGAACUAUAUCCAGACAUUGGCCCUUCCCGACAAGAGCACGGCGACGAGCUGUCUGGACGCCUAUUUUGACCACGGCAACGCCACCUGUCGCUUCUUGCCUCGAGAUCAGACUUUCAAACUCUUGGACGACCUUUAUACCAAUGACGAUAAGCUGGCACAGAACCAUGCAAAUACGGCCAUCAUUCUUCUGGUUAUUGGCACUGGUUGCGUGUGGACCGCGUCAUGGAAAAACGAAUCGGUUGCGCCAUGGAGAGCAAAAGCGCUACCGUUUCUACAGGCCGCGGGAAAUAGGCUUGAAAAGGUUGAUCGAAUAUACCCUCCAACCAUCGGGGUACUACAAGCCCAAUUACUAAAGUGCCAAUGUGAGCUUGUACUUGGCCGGUUCAACAGUGCCUGGAUGUCGCUUGGCUGGGCCAUUAGACUCGGACAAAUGAUAGAUAUCCAGAGGGAACAGCAACUGGCAAGCGUUGACCCGUUGCAGGCAUACUACAGACGACGCCUCUUCUGGUCCAUGUUUAUGAUUGACCGCUAUCUCGCCGUCAUACUUGGACGGCCCAUGGCCAUUCAAGACAGCGAUGUAACGGUCGAACUGACUCCGAACCUCGAUGACACUGUCUCAUCUCAAGUCGACGCCAGGGAGAAAAAGCUACUAAUGGGGACGACUGUUCAUUACCGGCAAGCACAGCCAUACCUGCCUUCCGCGUUGGUCAAGAUCAUCGGAAGGGCUGCUUCUCAACUGUACCCCGUAGCAGACCGUGCUCCAGAAACCACCGACGCCAUCAUUUCCGAGCUAGAAAGCGAGCUUCAGCGGUGGCUCCAAACCACGCCCGAUUUCUUCCAUCCCAAGACAGGGUCCCUCCCGCGCCAGGAAGAACAGUAUUACGAUACACCCUGGAUUCUGAAACGCCAGCAGCCAACGGUCCAGGCGGCAUUCUUCUUUGCGAAAAUGCUCAUCUAUCGGGGGCCUUUGCUGCGCGAUUUUCGUCGCCAGGAGCCCAACAAGCCUCCUACCGACCCUUUAUCUGACAAUGCAAAGAAGUGCGCGGAGAGUGCCCUGGCUAUGGUCGCGUUGGCAUCGGAGUUUGGAGUUGACGAUGGAAAGUACAACGGAAUAUUCUGGAUUACAUCCCAUUUCGUCUUCUGUGCCAUCUCCAUCCUACUCGUCUAUUUAACCCUGUAUCAAGACCAUGAGGAUAGGUUCGUAGUUGAGAAAGCCGUCGAAGACGCCAUGGCAUUUCAACGGAAGCUGGACAACAGUGUCAAUAUCAGCGCGCAAAAACUGCUUGAUGUACAGAUUCCUACCCCCCUAGCGGAGCAUGAGAAUCGCGAUAGCCCUCUUGACGUCCUCGCCUUUCGUGACAUCGGCCUUGGUCACAGUUAUCUGUGCUCCGUCUGCAGCGAUACGCGUCUGCGUCCGCACGGCCGCGUCGAGGUUUAA